GGUUGGUCUUUUCUCAAUCUCUCGCACUGCCUCCUCUGAGGAGCAGGAGGUGAGCCAGCACACACACACACACGCACGCACACACACACACACACACACACGGCUCACACAAACACCGACGAGAACCACGUCAGGACUCGGGAUGGAGCAUGAGGCGAGGUGCACACACACAGACCGUCCAGGACAGUGAGGAGGAGGCAGGGAGCUGGAGACAGCGGCAGAGAGUGAAGACAUCAGACAGGCCGGAUGAGGAACACAGAGAAACAGACAGAUUAGGAAAGAUGUGUGACUGAGCGGCUGUUUCCCAUCCGUCAGAGAAGUUUGAGGCAGCGCUGCUCUCAUGGCGGAACCGACCACACAGGAGCCUGUGAAGACCCAGCAGAAGUGCAUCGCCAUCUUUGCCCUCCUCUGCUGCUUCGCUGUGCUGGUGGUGCUGAUCUUCUCAUCGGUGGACAUUUGGGGGGACGAUGAGGACGGUAUCACAGAGGAGAACUGCAGCAGAGACUGCCGCAUCGUGCUCGUGGAGAACAUUCCAGACGACCUCAGUCUCCCGGCGGAUGGCGGACCCCACCUCCCUCUCUCCGUUGGCUUUCACGCGCUGCUGGACCAGGCGCAGCACUCGGUCGAGGUGGUGUCGCCUGUCUGGGACUUGAGCUCCAGGGAUUCGGAAGCCGUGCCGAGCGCCGCCAAACAGGGUCAGCUUCUGUUCCAGCGACUGCUCGGCCUGAAAUCCCGUGAGGUUAAGCUGAAGAUUGCCAGCGGACUGACUGACUCUGCUGAACUGAAGACCUUGGCGGCGCACAGUGCAGAGGUUCAUUUCGUUAAUAUGACAGCCCUCACCAGAGGAGGACUCCAUUCCUCAUUCGUGAUAGUGGACCGGCGGCACAUUUACAUCGGGAGCGCCGAUAUGGACUGGAGGUCACUCUCCAAGAGGAAGGAGCUGGGGGUGAUGGUGUACAACUGCAGCUGCCUGGCCCUGGACCUCCACCGGGUCUUUUCAUUUUACUGGCAGCUCCACGAGAGGGACUACAUCCCCUCCAUCUGGUCGAAGAGAGUUACCGCCCUCUACGGGAGGCACGGCGCCCUGGAGCUGCAACUGAACGCCACCCGUGCCACCGCAUAUGUGUCUGCCUCCCCCGAAGUCUUCUGCGCGAAAGAUCGCACCAGGGACAUCGAUGCCAUCCAUCAGGUCAUCCAGAGUGCAAAGACAUUCAUCUUCAUAUCUGUGACGGACUACCUUCCUCUGGUGAACAGGAGAUUCAGAGGAACCUCAGUCACGAGGUAUUGGUCGGCCAUCGAUGAUGUGAUCAGAGAGGCCGUGGUACUGAGGAGAGUCCGAGUUCGCCUGCUGAUAAGCUUCUGGAAGAGGACUCACCCCCUCACCUUGAACUUCGUCACCUCCCUCAAGUCACUCUGCAUGCACCUGCACAACUGUUCACUCGAGGUGAGGUUUUUCAGUCACAGAGAGCACAGGGACGACAUUCAACACGGACUGAACCACAACAAGUACAUGGUGACCGACAAUGCUGUAUACAUUGGGAACCACGACUGGGUCGGCAGUGACUUUGCUGUUAACGCGGGAGUUGGGCUCGUGGUCCAGAUGGAGGAUGAUGUCGAAGACGGGGAAGUGACAUUCCUGGAGCAGGUCCAGGCUGUUUUUGAAAGAGACUGGAGGUCGCGUUACGCUAAGAGCCUACAAGGAAGCAAGGAUCAACAGGGCAAAUACAGAAGCCAGCAACAAGAGGAAAUCCACAAGGCGACUAAGGAGGAGAACGAAUGGAACAGCCCGAUAUCUUUAUAAGCACAGAAUAUCUUUAUAAAAUCCUUAAACCUCAUAAGCCUGAAUACUCCAACUAUUACAAACAUGCACACAAUAUAAGAAUGCAGACCUAGACUAUUAGACUCCAAACUACUUGAGGCAAGAAAGUACAGCUGAAUAAAAUAAAUCCAUUAACCACCACGAAACUUCCCGAGAUGAUUACUUACAUUAGGACACUCGUUUUUGUAUUAUUCAUCUUCUGAAAUGUUAUUUUUAUACAUACAAAAUGAUUAUUAUUACCUAACCUGUUACCUCCUUAUUUCAUUUGUUUGACAUAUUAGUGUCUGAGCUUUUUACAGAGGUGAUUUUAGAUACAUCUUUUUAUCACUCGCCAUGUUUUUUAGGAAAAAAUUGUUAUAUAGCUCAUGUUGUGAACGAUAUAUGAACAAACCCCCCGGUGAAAACCUUCAGAAUAUAGAAAGUUCUUUUGAGGUAUCUUUAAAGAUGUGUAUUGAAUACAUAUACAGUAUACAUUUUUAUUGGAAACCACUAUUUGCGAUAAUGUGGAUGACAAAACGGAGAUGACCAUGUUUUACAGGGACACCUGUGACGACCUGGUGCUGCUUGUUUCCUGGUUAUUUUUUUGACCAGUGCAUGAAAAAAGGGUGUUUUUUCCUGUAGUAUCUUGCCUUAAUUAAUUGUCGACUGUUAUACGCGCAUGUACUAUUGCAUGAAUAUUGAAAGCAAUACAAACUAUAUAAUGGGACAUGCAAUAGGAUAAUUAUACAAUCAACAUGAAAUCCACAGAAAUAUCCCGUCAGACUCACCAAAACCAAUCACAUUCAGUGUUUAAUGUUGACACACUGUUUUCAUUUUGAGUUGAUUUUAUAAACUUUUUAACGCGUUUGGAUUUGCAUCGCAUAUGGGGGGGUUGAUGUUCCCGUUUAUUGCCUGCACUUGUGGCUAAAAUGAUUGAAUUUCAUAAAUGACGUGCGCACACACAAAGUAAUGCAGUAGGAACCACAUAACACAGCUGUUUAUCAUCUCAUUGAAAGUUUUUCAUCUGUCUUUAUAAAAUGAAACCUUUUUUUGCACAA